AUGUCUUCAUUAUUUCUCUAUUGCUCUCUCUUCGUCUUCUGCUCUACCCUUUUCCAUUCCACUGGCGGAGUUCUAAUUAGGCAAUUUGGCAGAUCCGAUAAAACGGAAAACGUGAGCCAUCUCCACUUUUUCUUCCAUGACAUCCUCAGUGGCAAAAACCCCACCUCUGUUAGAAUUAUUGGGCCCCCUAACGGCUCGAGUGCCGGAUUUGGCAGUACUAUGAUGAUUGAUAAUGCACUGACUGAAGAGCAAGACCCCAAAUCGAAGAUCAUUGGAAGAGCACAAGGAUUUUACUCCAUGGCUGCACAAAAUGAUAUUGCAUUACUUAUGGUCAUGACUCUUGUUUUUGAGGACGGCAAGUAUAAGGGGAGUACAAUUAGCAUUCUUGGGAGGAAUCCAGUUCUCAACGAUGUGAGAGAGAUGCCGAUUGUUGGCGGCACGGGGCAGUUCAGGUUCGCUCGCGGUUAUGUCUUAGCUCAUACUGUUUGGUUUGAUGCUAAUACAGGAGAUGCCACUGUUGAGUACAAUGUUUAUGUGUCACAAUCAUGA